AUGAGAACCAAUGCAGAAAAUGGAGAACUUAAAUUUACUCAAAAUCCCAAAAUCUCAACUUUUUUUGAUGAUAAACGGAAAUCAGAUAAGGCUAGGGAAGAGGAGAAGAAGAUUAGAAGGAGAAUUGAAGCUUUCCGAACUGAAUUGUGUCGAGGUUUCUUUAAAUGGGGGCAUUGCUCUUUUGGUGAUAAUUGUCGAUUUGCACAUUGUGAAGAGGAAUUACGUAGUAAACAGUUACAUCCAAAUUAUAAAACAACUCUUUGUCGAAAUUAUGCACAAAAUAGUUAUUGCAUUUAUGAUGCUAAGUGUCAAUUUAUUCAUCGAGAUCCACCAACUUCAAGCAAUCCUUCGUCUACUCCUUCACUUUUUAUGAAUUCUGCGUUUGAUUUUGGAGUUAAUGGUGGAAAUUCAAAUUUGCAUUCCUUACAUCGUACAAAUGCUUUUAAUGUUCAACAACGGAACAACGAUUAUUUUGACGUAUCUUUGGGAGUAGAAAAUGUUUUAAGCCGCUUGUCUCUCACACAACAAUCACCAUUUACUCAAUCACUUAUGCCGACACCUCUAGUGCCUUUUCUUCAUCAAAAAAGUCAACACUAUUACUAUAAUAAUGACCAACGUGUUUCUUUUCUUUCAAGUCAGGCACCUGCAGGUUCAUCUUCUAAAGAAACGAGAGUUUAA